AUCGUAUACUUCCGGCUUCAGAAGCAGCAAGGGCACGUGUGCGUCAUGAUGUUUUGAGUUCGAUUUUUAGAAAUUGACUUAUAUUUACGUUUUCUACAGUUUCCAAAGAGUAGAUUUUCUGUAAGUCGUGUUGAAGAAAAAGUGGGCAAAAUGGAGAACGGUCAGGAAGAAACCAAAGUUGAGGAAACAAAAAAUAAUGUUGCUACCGAUGAAUCAAAAACCGAGAAGCCGGUUCCUAAUGCCGAAGAAAAUGCCAAACAAACGGCAGAGGAACCAUCUAAGGAGCUAUUAGAGAAGAUAAAAAAUCAAAUAGAGUUUUAUUUUGGAGAUGUUAAUAUGCAAAGAGAUAAGUUUCUUAUUGAACAAACAAAGUUGGAUGAUGGAUGGAUUCCGAUGACUGUUAUGUUGAAUUUUAAAAUGUUGACAUCUAUGAGUACAGAUACUGAAGUUAUAUUAAAAGCCCUAGAAUCUAGUGAACUAAUGGAAAUAUCUGAAGAUAGGAAAAAGAUACGUCGUUCACCGAAACAUCCUUUACCAGUAUAUAACGAAGAGUAUAGAAAGGCACAAGAAGCUAGAACAAUUUACCUAAAGGGAUUCCCUUUGAAUGACACUAACAUUGAAAAACUUAAAACGUUUUUCAGCGUUUAUGAACCAUUUGAAAAUAUUAUUAUGAGGAAGUAUCUAGAUAAAGAGAAAAAGUUGCAGUUCAAAGGAUCGAUUUUUAUACAGUUUAAAACUCUAGAAGAUGCAAAAGCUUUUAUGGCUAGGGACCCUAUCAAAUAUGGAGAGACUGAACUGAUCCGGAAGUGGUCAGCAGAUUAUAAUGUGGAGAAGACUAAAGAGAAAGAAGAGAGGAGGCAGAAGAGAUCAGAAGGGAAAGGAAAGAAGCAUGACAAUGCGAAAGAAAAAGAAGCCGAUCACAGCGGCGAGGAAGAAGAAAACGAAAAGGAUGCAUCAUUACCUAAGGGUUGUGUGAUUCACUUUACUGAUGCACCUGAUAAAUGUACAAGAGAGGAUAUCAAGGAACGUUUAGGUGAAUUAGACGCUAGUAUCGCGUUCGUAGAUUUUAAGAUAGGUGACCAAGAAGGUUGGGUGCGUUUGCAAGGGGAAAACUCUGCGAAAGCCGUUGUUGAUAAAAUGAAAGACAGUAAAGUAUUAAUACAUGGCAAGGAGGUUACUUGUCGUGUCCUUGAGGGUGAGGAGGAACAGAAAUAUCUUAUAAAAGCAAAGGAAGAGAUGGCGAAUAUGAGACAGAAAUUUGUUAAAGGAAAGAGGGGUAAGAAAGGUCGUAACCAGCAACGUGGUCAAAGAAAAAGGCGUCAUAGCGAAAAUGCUGAUGCUGUUCCUGCCAAGAAAACGGCUAAUGAAUAAUUCAGAGAAGUUAUUUAACUUUGUAAAACUGAACUAUUAUAUACUUACUUUGCUGUACAUGUGUAUUCACCAUAUUUUUAUCACAUGUAUACAUAUGUAUAAAAUAUGAAAGAUAACCGUUACACUGCUAGGUAUUUUAAGUAAGCACUUACUUUUUUUGUUAAUGCUUAAGCAGUGUGUAUAUUAUUUAAAGCAUAAAAAGUACAAUAGUGUUUAUA